CACAAGCAUAAAAAGGAUCUCUCAUCUAACCCACUCGUAGAAAUACAAAUAUUAUAUACAGUUUUUAUGUAUGUAAAGACCACACAGUCACAUGUAGCAGAAGCUACAAUAUGGGUAUACGUUGCACAGAAAGUGAAGAGGAAGAGAGAAACUGUACAUUUGUUGAGCCCAAAAUAAAGAGAAAAUGUGUGUUCAAGGUGCAGAGGAAGAGACAGAGGGAAUGGAAAAUCUCAAAAAUGAUGAUGAAUCAUGUAUAAAGUCUUCGUCUUUGCAGCCUCAAGCUGAUUUCGCCACUGCCCAGAAUGAGAAUGGGGGCAAGAAUUCAUCGGCUUUGGAGAAUGUUUCUAUGACAAAUUCAGUCCCGCUGGAAAGCAUUAGAGAAGAUGCGGCCAUUAUAAACAGGAAACACAAUGUGUUGAAUAACUUCCUUCCUGCCCUGCGGUUCGGGGAGUGGUCCGAUAUUGGACGGCGGUUGGACAUGGAGGACACUCACAUUUGCAUUCCAGACUUAGCUAUGAAUUUUGGUAGUAGUAUACAUGGCGAGGAGGCUGUCUCCUUCUAUGGUGUGUUUGAUGGACAUGGGGGAAAAGGUGCAGCGCAAUUUGUACGCGACCACUUACCAAGAAUCAUUGUUGAGGAUGCUGAUUUUCCAUUGAAACUUGAGAAAGUGGUCACGAGAUCUUUUGUGGAGACGGACACUGCCUUUGCAAGAUCUUGCUCGAUUGAGUCUACUCUGUCCUCUGGCACAACUGCUCUCACUGCUAUGAUAUUUGGCCGAUCAUUACUUGUAGCAAAUGCGGGAGAUUGUAGGGCUGUAUUGUCUCGCCGUGGACUGGCUAUAGAGAUGUCAAAGGAUCACAAGCCUUGUUGUGUUGACGAAAGGACACGGAUCGAAUCGCUUGGAGGAUUCAUUGACGGCGACUAUUUGAACGGGCAGUUAAGUGUGACUCGGGCAAUAGGUAACUGGCAUAUUAAAGGACUGAAGGAGGGGGAAAACGGCGGACCAUUAAUUGCUGUGCCAGAACUUAAAUUGAUGACCCUAAUGAAAGAAGACGAGUUCUUGAUAUUAGGCAGUGAUGGAAUAUGGGAAGUUUUUAGAAGCCAAAACGCAGUGGAUUUCGCUAGGAGGAGACUCCAAGAACACAAUAAUGUGAAAUUAUGCUGCGAAGAUAUUGUGAAUGAGGCCAAAAAACGAGAGGCUACAGACAAUUUGACAGUUGUGAUGGUUUGUUUUCAUUCUGAGCCACCACCUCCUGUUGUGGUGCAGAGAUCUAGAGUUCGAAGGAGCAUUUUUUCAGAGGGUCUUCAGAACAUUAAAGUUCUGCUUCAAGGUUAGAGAUAUAUUUUACCCUUGGAUGGCCAAAAUCAGCACCAUCUACAGUAAUUCUUAUGAUUAUGAUGAUUAUAAUUGGAUAUUGUCAUAACCUGUAAAUAUGUCAUAUGAUUGACAACGUUUUUCCUUUCAUAAAGCUUGAUUUUGUUGUCAAGUGAAUGAGUUGGCACCAAAUAAAGCAUGAGGCUAUACUGGUGUUGUAAGAUACAGAAGCAGGUUCAAGUUAAUUCUGGUCUUUUUUUUCUACUUACUAUGCAUAAUGACUUUUUAGGUUAUUCUGUGCAUUGCAUUCUUCUUUUCGUAAUAGUAAAAGACGGUUGCUAA